UGUGCGCCGUCGAAGCUGCGUGGAAGUGUGGGUGCUUUUUUCGUACGACAAGAGUUGGGUUUGAAGUACUUGCAUGGGCAUUUUUUUGGGCUGUGGCUCGUUCAAAAGCAAGAGAGCAUCCAAACAGAGCGAUUGAAGUUGUAAUGGAGUCGCUGGAUUAACAACUGAAGAGAGCAACUAGCCACAGCGGCAGCCACAAAUUGAGAGCGAGAGAGACAGAGAGGGAGUGAGAGUGAGAGCGAGAGCGUGGAAGAGAGAGGGAUUGACAGUAUUGGGCUUGGCUUAAGCAACAAAAUGGGUAAGAUUAUGUGAAAGCACAGCCAGCACACCCGACCAGCCGGGACCUCCGCCAGCUGCACUCAAAAACAGGGUGAAGGCCACUGCGCAUGCGCUGCGCAGCAUCUGCGCGUUGCUGGCGACAAAGCUACAAAGCAUCACGGCAAUGUAUGCUGGCGCCGCAGUCGCUGCGACUCUUUGGUUGAGAGGGCCAAGGCAGGCUACAAAAACAAAACGCACGUCAGUAUGAAUUCUGUGAAUAUCUAUGCAGGACAACUCGGAGCGAACGGCGUGCAAAAGCUAAGCCACAAGUGAAAAUAAAAAUAAUCGAAUCAGUUAAAUAAUUAAAUGUUUGCAUCAGUUAAUUAGCAAUAUUUUCGGCUCGUUGACAACGUCAGCUGCAUGGGUGCAGCUCAGAGCUAGGCACGAGAGCUCUGUUACAGCUCAGCUGCUCUGCCGCUCAGCUGCUGCCGCAGUCGCUGCCUCGGCUGGCAUCACAGUCGUCGCCUUAUUCAGAUUUUAGCUCAUCGCAGGUACUAAAACCCGAGACGAACAACAAAACUCGGCACGGAAACUGCUCUCGCAACUACGUCACGCACACUAGGCAAGACCGAAAGGUAAACAAAAACCUGUGCGCGUGAUUUUAGUAUCAAUAAAACACCGGCCAAGCGCCUUCAAGGCAACUGCCGCUGUGACGUCAUGUGGCGCUGGGCUCGGCCACGUCUGGCCCUCCUACUGGACAUUUGGCGGCAUUGCAAGUUGCUCUGCCUACUGCUGGCCUUUCUGUUGGUCUUCUGCGAAACGGUGCAGGCCAAUCCGGAUGCCAAGCGUCUCUACGACGAUCUGCUGAGCAACUACAAUCGACUCAUACGACCCGUCAGCAACAACACGGACACGGUGCUAGUCAAGCUGGGUCUACGCCUCUCGCAGCUCAUCGAUUUGAACCUCAAAGAUCAAAUUCUAACGACCAAUGUGUGGCUGGAACACGAAUGGCAGGAUCAUAAAUUCAAAUGGGAUCCAUCCGAAUACGGCGGCGUCACCGAGCUCUAUGUGCCAUCCGAGCAUAUCUGGCUGCCCGACAUUGUGCUGUAUAACAACGCCGAUGGUGAGUACGUGGUGACCACCAUGACGAAGGCCAUUCUGCACUAUACGGGCAAGGUGGUUUGGACACCGCCGGCAAUUUUCAAGUCAUCCUGCGAGAUUGAUGUGCGCUACUUUCCCUUCGAUCAGCAGACGUGCUUCAUGAAGUUCGGCUCCUGGACCUACGAUGGCGAUCAGAUCGAUUUAAAGCACAUCAACCAGAAGAACGAUAAGGACAAUAAAGUUGAGAUUGGCAUUGAUUUGCGCGAGUAUUAUCCAAGUGUUGAGUGGGAUAUAUUGGGCGUGCCCGCUGAACGCCACGAGAAGUACUAUCCGUGCUGUGCCGAGCCGUAUCCAGACAUCUUCUUCAACAUAACGCUGAGACGAAAGACACUCUUCUACACGGUCAACCUCAUCAUACCCUGCGUGGGCAUCUCGUACCUCUCAGUGCUGGUCUUCUAUCUGCCCGCUGACUCUGGCGAGAAGAUUGCGCUUUGCAUCAGUAUUUUGCUCUCGCAGACUAUGUUUUUCUUGCUUAUAUCGGAAAUUAUACCGUCAACUUCGCUGGCGCUGCCGCUGCUGGGCAAAUAUCUUCUCUUUACCAUGUUGCUGGUUGGGCUGAGCGUUGUCAUCACCAUCAUAAUACUCAAUAUACAUUAUCGAAAGCCCAGCACACACAAGAUGCGGCCCUGGAUAAGGGCGUUCUUCAUCAAACGACUGCCCAAGCUGCUGCUAAUGCGUGUGCCCAAAGACUUGCUGCAUGACUUGGCCGCCAACAAGAUCAACUACGGAUUGAAGUUUAGCAAAACAAAGUUCGGCCAGGCCCUCAUGGACGAAAUGCAAAUGAAUUCCGGCGGCUCCAGUCCCGAUUCAAUACGUCGCAUGCAGGGACGCGUAGGCGUAGGAGGCUGUAAUGGCAUGCAUGUAACGACAGCAACCAAUCGAUUCAGUGGCUUGGUGGGUGCUUUGGGUGGUGGGCUGAGCACAUUGAGCGGCUACAAUGGACUACCAUCGGUGCUUUCCGGCCUGGAUGACUCCAUGAGUGAUGUGGCGGCACGCAAAAAGUAUCCGUUUGAGCUGGAGAAGGCAAUACAUAACGUCAUGUUCAUACAGCACCACAUGCAACGGCAGGAUGAGUUCAAUGCGGAAGAUCAGGAUUGGGGCUUUGUGGCCAUGGUCAUGGACCGCCUGUUCCUCUGGCUUUUCAUGAUUGCCUCGCUGGUGGGCACAUUCGUCAUAUUGGGCGAGGCACCCUCCUUGUAUGAUGACACCAAGGCCAUUGAUGUGCAGCUCUCGGAUGUUGCUAAGCAAAUCUACAAUCUGACCGAGAAGAAGAAUUAAAUUCAAUAAUACAAGCCAAAAAAGUUAACACUGCAUACAUGACAUGUAAGGCCUGCAUAAUGCAAGUCCUAGUUUAAAAUGUGUUUUAAAGAAAUUAAUAAAAAAUAAACACAACAAAAAUGUUAAGUCAAAGAAGCCAAGCAAUAUGCUAAAAUGCAGCUGUGGCUUGCUCGGCCCCGGGCUAACAGCUGGCGCAUUCUAAUGCUACCCAGAAAUGUUUUUAGUAAUGCAAAAAUAAAUUAUUAUCUGCAGUUCGCCGCACAUU